AUGUCUCCGGCGUGUGGCGAGCAUCAUUCACCGUCCGCCACCGUCAGCGGUGGUGGUUCUGGAGAAAUUAUGUUGUUUGGUGUCAGAGUAAAAGUUGAUCCCAUGAGGAAGAGCGUCAGUAUGAAUAAUCUUUCUGAUUAUCAGCGAAUUGUUAGCAACAACAAUCAGAACGUCAAUGAGAACUCGAACGCGGCGGUGGAGGAUGGUGGAGCCACCACCUGUUAUGCUUCCGCCGAUGACGCCGCACUGCAGCCGGCUGGUGGGAGUCGUGAGCGUAAACGAGGAGUGCCAUGGACAGAGGAAGAACACAAGCUAUUCCUCCAUGGAUUACAGAAGGUUGGAAAAGGAGACUGGAGGGGUAUCUCUAGAAAUUAUGUCAAGACUCGUACGCCAACCCAAGUUGCCAGCCAUGCCCAAAAAUACUUUCUCCGUCGAAGUAACCUGAAUCGACGUCGCCGCCGUUCUAGCCUAUUCGACAUCACCACUGACUCGGUUACUGCAAUUCCAAUGGAAGAGUGUAAAACCCAUCAAGAUAGCACAUCUCAGCCAGUUCUGCAGCCAAUCUCUCUACCCUCGCCAGAAAGUUCCAACAUCAGUGGAUUCCCAGUCGUGCCUUUCUCAGUGACCAUUGGCCCAGUUUUGUUACCAAUGCAAGUCGAAAAUCCAAUUGAAAUUAUCGAUCUUAACCAGAAUGUCCCAACCGGGCCAUCGCCAUUGUCUUUGAGUUUGUCAUUGUCGUCUGGUCAGGAUAGGGAAAAGUCAUCUUCGACAAGGCACUCAGUAUUCCAGGUGAUGUCAAACUUCAAAAAUGGAGAUAGCAGCAUCAUUAGUGUUGCUUGA